AUAAACAUGUACAUGCGUGUAAAACUUGUUUGUAACAUGACGAUUGGAGAAUGAAUGAAAUUUUUUAAGUUAGCAAACUAUCGACUUAACACAUAAGAAAUAAAUGUUAAUUGUUUUACACGGUUUUUGAUUAUUGAUACAAUGUGACAUUUCUAACAUGUUCUUAUUUGAUAUGUUAUUUUCAAAUGUUUAAACACUUUAAAAAACAUGUGUUUAAUACAAAAUAGGGAAUAUUGACAGGAUACGAAAACGAUAAAAGAAGCAUGCUUCAUGACCUUGAACAAAUGUGACGUGGCAACAGUAAUACCGGCUAGCAACCAUGCUAUUAUCAUAUCUGUGUUUGAUUGUCUUCAUAAAUCAAGCUUUCGAAGCUUGGGCUUGCCUGUCAAAGUAUUCAGUUGCUUAUAUGUGUGAAAACAAUUCGGUGCAGGGUCCGGGAGUCACCCUCGACGUCUCAACGGCAGCAACUUCCGGUUACAGUAACUGCUCAUGUAAAGUUACAGCGAAUAUGACAGGGUUUAUGGCAGACUUCAAUAAUUUUCCCAAUGAGACAGACUGUGGCGCUCAACUUGAUAUUUUAUUCGAUGACAAGAGUAUGCAGGUGAAAUGUGGUGCUUUACACCACGGACAAUCUACCACCGGAAGUUCGGCACAGGUCAUUUACACAAGGUCUCAAGAUAAAACAAGUGUGGACUCUGACUAUUGUAUUUCAUUUCAUUCAAAUCACUCAAAAGUAGAAUUCACAUUAACUUGCUCUGUUGACGCCACAACAACAAUAGGCAGCGCACCUUCAUCAUCAACAACAACAACAGGAGGACAUGUUCAAAGCACGUAUGAAGUGUCAUCCAGUCCGACAGAUAUUACUUCCAAUUUAACCAAGAUUGUUCAGACAUCUACAACAAUGCCCACUGCCGUAACAUCAACAACUGUUCAAACACCUAGUUCUUCAGUAACAUCGGUAUUUUCAGAUAUUACUACAACGACUGCGUUAGUAACUUCAACCACAUCAUUCGUAGCUGGUUCUACAACAACACAUCUUUCGACUUCCUCGUUUUCUUCAAAUGACUCAGUGACAGUGCCACGCAGCAAUGACUCUCACACUGAACUGACUACCAUACAAGAUAAUACAACAACAAUUUCAGCGAGUUCUGUUUCGACGUCAUCGAAUUCAACAGAUGAUUAUAACACGAGAUCUACAUCACUGAGUUUUGCCCAAACGACAGUGAAUAGUUCUUUUACAACGAAUACGGACACUACUCAAACAAGUGUGAUACUAAACACAACUUCUCAAAACUCUGAAGUAACGACGACGAGUUUUACAACACAAUCGACAACUCUUUUAGAUAAUGUUACAUCAUCAACUGACAGGGUAAACAACACAAUUUCAGAUACUACCACCAUAAGCUAUAAUAAUACCAGAACAAUUCAAACAUCAACACAAAUAACUAAUUACACUGCUACUACUACUGCAAAAGACGUAAAUGUUACACAGACGAUCGUUAACACAACGACAUCAGUGCAAACGUUUAACAACACGGCGGGACCCAACACAACGAAUACUUUUUCAACAACUGCUGAUUCGUUUUUAUCAAACACUACAACUACUGAUCUUUAUAAUAACAGCACAAUGGAAACAAAUUCUACAAAUUCAUUGAAUACGACAGCUGAUCCAAAUUUGUCAAACACGACAACUAUAAAGUAUGAUAACAUCACGAUGGAAAACAACACAACAGAAUCGGCAAAUACAACAGCUUAUCCGAAUACAGGAAAUUCAACAACUACCGAUGCUGACAACAUCAAUAAUACAACGGGUACAGUCAACACGACAUCUGAUCCCCUAAACACGACAGACGUUUACAAUGGCACGACAAUAAGCAACACAACAAGUGACAGCAACGACACAAUAACUGCCAAUGUAACAGCUAAACCUGGGAAAACAACACAAGGCUUCUGGGAGCCGCCAUACAUGGAUUAUGAUGUUCCCCAAAGAUCUAAAAAUAACAUUGUUGUAAUACUGGUACCUAUAGCUGGAGUUUUGCUUCUAGUAUUUAUUGCUGUUGUAGUCUACAUCAUGUGUAAGAGGAAAAAGAAAAGUAAAAGUAGUGAAAGCGAAGACAAUUCAGGAGAAAGGAGACAUAGACGGAAAAAACAUACAGAUUACAAACAAAGGUCGCAAAGUGACGUGGGUUUAGAAACUUCAAUUAAAAGAAGGUCAAGAAAUAGACAUUCAAGUUCUGACAGCUUUGACAAUACUCUAAAUUUAGAUGACACAAAGCUGAAGGCUACGUCGUCGUCGCAAUCAAGACAACCUCGAAUCGUAGAAAGUAAACCAGCGAAUAAAAGUAGUUCGGUACACAAUGACAGGCCAGUUACAAAACAGCCGCAACAAGUAUUUAGUGCGCCAGUUGCAGAGCAUAAACACGAGCCUGUUAAAGCACGGGUUAUUGUAAGUAAACCAAGCAGUGACAUUGUUCCAAAAGAGAAUACUGCCAAAGGUUCUGUGAUGCAAAUAAACAGUAAACCUAGAAAUCAGGAAAGUGACAAUCAAACACAGAGAAAAGUUUCUAUAUCAUCAUCUUCCAGUGAAUCUUUCGCACACACAAAUCCGCAGAGAAACACCCCGUUACGAUCGAGUCAGACAAGAAAUAAUUUGUUUGGAUCUAGUGGUAAAAAGUUGAAUUCAACUAAGGAAAGUGAAGGCAACACAAAUGCAGAGGUAAAACGACCAGAUAUUGUUCCGCCACUGAAUCUGACACAGACUGGUAACAAAGCUUCUAGGUUGGAUGAUGACUUUGAAGAAUUGCUUCUUAGUGAAUGUUGA